AUGCUCUGCUCGGUGUGCGGGGCCAGUCAUUGUCUGAGCAGUCGCCUAGACCUAAGUCUCCCGACGCGGACGACCAGUUGCAAAACAGAGACCACACUGAGAGUGGGCAACUUAGCAGCAGCGGUCGCAGCUCUGCGCUUGCGCCCGAGAGCCAGCGACAGCCGGGCUGUGCUGGGAUACACUUUCCUGGAGGUUUUUGCAAAGCCCCUCCCCUGGUAUCCGCAGACAACCCUGGGAAAUGUAGUCUGCGGACAAGAGCCAGCCGGCCUACAGCCAGAGCCAUGCAAGCGCAUUUCUCUUCGGACAGGUAAACCCUUUGUCAGCGCGCUCCUCCGCGCGCUGAGUGAGAAAGCGGCCAGAAGGAGCGAGUGGAGAGCCCUGGAGAGGUGGGAGUGGAGGCUCUCUUUUAUACCUGCGUCUGUCGCUGAUUCCAAAAGGCAUAGGGGAGCCCGGGACGCGCCCUCCAGGCCACUGGGCGUGCAGUGUAUCCUGCGGGAACCCGAGCCAGCUCGGGGCCAGCCACUGUCUCAAGACUCUGCCCUUCAAGAGAAGAGCCCAGAAGAAGAGAGAAUGACUGCUAGGCCCUUGAUGGCUGGAUUCAGGUUACCAAAGAUGUUGGAAGAGGUGGCUAUGGACAUCACCUGGGAGAAGUGGAAGCAAAUGGACCCUGUUCAGAAGUCCGUAUACAGAAACAUGUUGGAAAAAUAUAGAAACCUGGUUUUGCUAGCUUUCAGUUACUGUUCAGACCUCAUUCAACAUCAGAGAAUGCACACUGGAGAGAAACCAUACAAAUCUAAUGAAUGUGGGAAUGCCUUUAGUGAUUGUUCAGCCCUUAUUCAGCACCAAAGAACUCACACUGGAGAAAAGCCUUAUGAAUGUAAGCAAUGUGGAAAAGCCUUUAGCAGAAGCACAUACCUUACUCAACAUCAGAGAAGUCAUGCAGGAGAGAAACCAUAUAAAUGCAAUGAAUGUGAGAAAAUUUUCAGCCUGAGUUCAUUCCUUACACAGCAUAUGAGGGUUCAGACUGGAGAAAAACCCUACAAAUGUAAUGAAUGUGGAAAAGCUUUUAGUCACCGCUCAGGACAUUUUCAGAGAACUCCCACUGGAGAGAAGCCCUGUGAAUGUAAUGACUGUGGGACUUUCAGUUUCUGUUCAGCCCUAAUUCAACAUAAGAGAAUUCAUACCAGAGAGAAGCCCUAUAAAUGCACUGACUGUGGAAAAGCCUUUAGUGAUCGGUUAGCACUUGUUCAACAUCAGAUAACUCACACUGGAGAAAAACCCUAUAAAUGUACUGAAUGUGGAAAAGCCUUCAGUAGGAGUACAGACCUCAAAAAUCACCAGAAAACUCAUACUAGUGAAAAAUCCUAUAAAUGUAAUGAAUGUAGAAAGGCCUUUAGUUACUGCUUUGGUCUUAUUCAACAUCAGGUCAUUCAUACUGUAGAAAAACCUUAUGAAUGCAGUAAAUGUGGCAAAGCUUUGGGCAGAGGACAGACCUUAAAAAACAUCAGAAAAUGCAUACCGAAGAGAAACCCUAUGAAUGUAAUGAAUGUGGGAAAGCCUUUAGCCAGAGCACAUAUCUUACAAAACACCAAAAAAUUCACAGUGAAGAGAAAUCAAAUAUACAUACUGAGUGUGGGGAAACCAUUAGACAGAACUCUUCUUCUUUACAACAAUAAAAACCUCGCACUGGAGAGAAAUUCUCUGAAUGCCUUAAGAAUUUGUUUAAUAUGGAGACCCUUCCUGGGGAAACAGAAGGAGGAUCAUGGAAACUGUUGACUACUUAGAAUGACUACUUAGGUUUAGUGGAGAGAGCAUGAUUCUGGGUUUUAAAAGUCAUGGAUCUCAAUCUCAGGUCUAUUACUAACUAGAUCUUUUACUUUGGGGUAAGUCACUUCAUAUCUUUAGGCCUUAAUUUCCUCAUCUGAAAAAUUGGAAGACCUGAUUUGUUGAGCUUUAAGAUCCUCAAUUAUUAUAUUUACUAGGAAUUCAAGUUUCUAUAGAUGUGGUUCAGAAUUGUGACUUACUUAUUGUACAUCAGGUGUGAUUCACAAGUGAGCUUGUAGCAGUUAUUAAGGAGUCAAUAAAUAUAU